CCUUUGUGAUGCACAUCAGACUCUGUUCUUCUUCCAUAGUCUUAGGAUUUAGGAUUGUUAUCUCGUCUAAAAUUAGGAUUUAGAAUUUAGAAAUUAAAAUUUGACCUUUUCUUUAUAUUGACAAAUUAUAGAUUACAUGGAAAAAGGAAAAUUAAUUCCGGGAUUUCAUUUCAAUCCCACUGAUGUAGAGCUUCUAAAGUAUUUUUUGAAGAGAAAAGUGACAGGCAAAAAGCUACCCAAUGUGAUUGCUGAGAUUAACGUUUAUCAGUAUUGUCCCUGGGAUCUCCAAGGUAAGUCACAUCUGAAAAGUGGGGAUUUGGAGUGGUACUUCUUCUGUGCAAGAGGAAAAAAUUAUGGAAUUGGGUCGAAGACGAACCGUGCUAUAAAGAAUGGGUACUGGAAAGCUACUGGUAUGGACAAAGCUAUUGUUCAGCAUGACAAGCAAACAGUGGGGAUGAUGAAAACCCUUGUUUUCCACACUGGGAAACCGCCUCAUGGGACCCGAACUGAUUGGGUUAUGCAUGAGUAUAGGCUUCAAGAUAAAGACCUUACUGAUAAAGGAAUUGCUCAGGACUCUUAUGUUAUCUGUAAGGUGUUCCGAAAGGAGGGUCAUGGCCCACGGAGCGGUGCACAAUAUAGGAAACCAUUUAAUGAAGAAGAUUGGGAUGAUGAUGAUGACGAUGAUGAUGAUCAUCACGUUGUUGAGGAGGGGGGAACCCCUUCAACUGCUUUGGUUGCGCCGGUUUCCAUUCAGUCUAUGACAUUGGAUGGCUCUUCUUACAUGAAGGCAACCUCUGUUUCAUGUGAGUCGGGACCUGUGGCUACUUCUCCUGUCCCAUCAACUCCUUCUUCAGAUGCAAGCAUUCACACGGUUAAUAAUUCAACAGUGACUGAUCUCUCCAAAGACGAAAAAACAGUACCUAAGGAAAAUAUUGCUGCCGGUGACCUCUUGAGUAAGUUUUUUGAGGGUUUGGAAGACCUCGAGUCUGAAUACACUCCAAAUGGAAUGGGCUUGGAUGGCUUCGCCCCAAAUGGAAUAAACUAUGAUGACUUGGGGCACUUGGAUUUGAUUGAUUGCAAUUUCCUCUAG